AUGAAUUUCUACGGUGUUGCCAUUUUGCUGAUUUUGCCAUAUUAUGUUUAUACUAUACAGGUGCAAACAGUGCAAAACACAAAAGGAGACAAGGAUAUUAGCAGACUGGUUGAAUUGUUAAAAAGAUACGAGAACUCACUCUCCAAACAAAUAAAGACGGAGAAACAGGAGGAAAACGGCAAAGUCGUCAAAGAUCUUCACGAAGACUUCGUAGACUCCACGGAAAAAAGCGUGGAACGGAUCGAGAAAAAUGGAAAUAAGGAACAACUGGACGCUUGGAAUGAAGAUCAGGAUUCUCCAGUGGCGGAUCUAAUGGAGAGCUUCAUAGUACUGGACGGCGAUAAAAUCCUGAAGCCACUUGGCCUACACCCCUGGGAAAAGUCUGUGGUUCAGGCAGAAAACAGCGACGUUCACGUUAGCAACGACGGCUUGCCCAAAAACUAUCGCUUACAGAGCAGGAACUUCGCCAAAUCUGAGAGACUUUGGGAGUACGGUGUUAUACCGUACGAAAUUGACUCCAAAAUCACCCAACCUGAUCUGAUAGCAACCAUUAAAGCUGGAAUUGAGCAGAUGAACACGUACACCUGCUUACGUAUCCUGCCUCGUUCUGAGACAACCAAUCUAAAUCUGCCUCACAAUCAGUACAUUGUUUUCCAGCCAGACUCGAUCUGUAUUUCUUUUCUUGGGAGGUAUGAGUACCUAAGUACUGACGCCCAGCCGAUUGGUCUAAGCUACCCGCUAUGUAAUCAGGUGCAGACGAUACUGCACGAGCUUAUGCACGCAGCUGGCAUGCACCACGAGCAGUCACGUGACGACAGAGAUCACUACAUAACAGUAAAUUACAACAAUGUGGUGGGUGGUACUAGUAACAAAAACAUGAAUAUUCAUCCCACGUACGACAGAUACCCAUAUGACGCUGAGUCCGUGUUACAAUAUGGACUGUAUGACCAGGCUUUGAACAGUAAUCAGAAAACCAUGGAAUUUAAAGACAAACUACUAGAGUUUCUUCCCGCCAUGACUCGAAACCUGUCCUUCUAUGACGUGGCUGAAAUAACGAAGGCUUACAAGUGCACAGACCACUGCCCUUCCUUGCCUACGUGUGAAAAUGGCGGAUUUGUCCACAAGGGGUGUGAGUGCUUGUGUCCUAAAGGUUUGAAGGGGGAACGAUGUCAGGAGAUCGACACCGAUUCUGGCUGCGGUGGUAUCAUCUCAUUAGGCGCUGGAGAAAACCGGGAAAUCACCUCCCCCAAUUUCCCUAAUAACUACAACGCAGGCGCUAAAUGUACCUGGUUAAUAAAGGGUCCAGAAGACAAGCAGUUAAAGAUGACUAUCCUUGAGUGGCACGUGGCCUUCAAUAGAUGGCGGCGGGUUUGUUAUCACUGGGUGGAGAUCAGAUACAAUCUGAUUGGUCAAACCGGGAUCAGAGAAUGUGGCUAUCAUCGACCAGGAAGUGGCGUUUUUGUUAAUACGUCGUCAGAUGCCAAAGGCAAACUGUUGCUGUUGUUUGACAGUGCUUUUAAUGCUAAUGUACCUCCAACAAAAGGGUUCAAAGUAAAAGUAGAAGUGCUGUAAUUAAAGCACAAUCUCACAAUGAAAGUAUGUUAAAUUGAAAUAAAAAUCAAUUGUUGCCA